CGGGAUGCUUGGAAAUUCAGUACUGUAGGCUACUGUAUAAGCAGGCGGCUAUAAACAGCAGCGGGAGGGCUGGAUUUGCGUGAGUGGGGCUGGAUCUGGUUUAGACAGACUCAGUGCGGUGAUACAGCUCACAGAGCGGCUGUGCGGAAGUUCUUUCAUCCGUGCUGCAGGAGGGGUUCGCCUCUCUGCGAUUAUUCUCGCCACAACUUUACUGGGAUAAAGCAGGGGGGGAAAGCGCAACUCCCGGACAAGAUACACCCCGUUUGGAGUUGGCGGUGUUUUACAUAGACUCACCUUCCUGCCGCAAAUCCCAGGGCUGUGAGCAAAGCUGACGGCACCAUGACGAGGCUGAGCCACAGUGAGCACGUCCUGCAGCAGCUCAACAACCAGCGGGAGUGGGGCUUCCUGUGCGACUGCUGCAUCGCCGUGGGGGACAUCUACUUCAGGGCUCACAAGGCUGUGCUGGCAGCCUGUAGCUCCUACUUUAGGAUGAUGUUCAUCAAAGACCAGCAGGCCAUGGCGCGGGUGAACCUCAGCAACAUGCAAAUCAGCGCUGAAUGCUUUGACCUCAUUCUUCAGCUCAUGUACCUUGGCCGCAUUGCUGUGGGCUCCUACGAAUUUGAUGAGCUCAAGGCUGCCAUGGUCUACCUGCAGAUGUACUACAUCCCAGACUCUCUGGAUGACCUCAAGGACAUCCGCAAUUCAAACCUGGCGCCGUCAUCCUCGUCGUCGUCAUCUUCCUCUUCCUCCUCCUCCUCAUCAUCCUCCUCCACGGCGCUGGCUCUGCCUGGAAGGAGGAUGAUGUUUGGAGUGCGGAUGUAUGAGCAGCAGCCGCAACGCCAGGGGGCUACUGACGGAGAGUGCCUCCAACAGGCUCCGGCUUCUGCGUCCUCCCUCCAGACCUUGGGUGGCCUUGGCGGGGCUACAACAAAGCCCACGGAGGAACCGGGGCUGCCCCUCAGCCUGUCUCUUGUGGCCGAGGCCAUGGCAGAGCAGCCGUGUGACCUGCGCAAGAAGCCGUCAGGCAGGAGUGCCACCAUGAAAGAGCGGCCUCGCUUCGGGCGCACCUACACCUGCGACGACUGUGGCUUUGUCUUCAGCUGCGAGAAGCUCCUCAUUGAGCACAUCCUCACCUGCACCAACCGCAAGACCUUCCAUACACCCAGGGGGGCCAAAGGCCUGGAGACAGACGCUAGCAAGGCAGAGAGCUCCUCCUCUGAGGGCUCAGAGGAGAACUUGGACCCCUGCAAGGCGGAGGGUGAAGCUCUUGAGAAGUCUGAUGUGGAGGUGUUGAGCAAAGGGACUGUGAUCAAGUCCGUCGGCACAGGGGCUGACAGCCAGCCCAAAUCUUCGCGGAAUACUAUCAUCAUCAAAAUGGAGCCUGAGGAUAGCCCUGAGCUUGAAAUGGAUGGCAUACAAGUAGUCCAGGUUGACGAGAACUGUGUGGAGGGCUGCAGCUCACUGGCCAACCGUUUCAGGGACUCACUCCCCGAUCCGGGUGCCUUCAACCCAGACGAGGUGGUCGGGCCCACCAGCAUGGAGGAUAGUAAUGACGCUUUUGAGGCACACAUGUCCACCAGCGAAGAUAAGAGUACAGGCACUCGGGCAAAACGUAUCAAGGAGGAGAGGGACGGCCGGCUGUGUCUGCCCUGUGAGCUGUGUGGGGAGCUGCUGACGGAGGACGACCAGUCAGCUCACUACAUCGCUAGCCACAUGGGCCACAUAUGCGCCUGCGGCAAGUGUGGCCAGAUCCUUGUCAAGGGCCGGCAGUUGCAGGAGCACGCCGAGCGCUGUGGCGAGCCCCAGGAUGCCGAGACAGAUUCACUGGGCGAUGACUCGCUGUCUGAGGAGCGGCAGGUUGUGGAGGAGGGCCUGCUGGAGGCCGAUGGCACAUUCGAAGGUGAGCUGGGUGCCCCGUGCCACGAUGACACUGAUGAGAACUGCUUGGCCUACCGCUGCCCCCACUGUGGUCUGCACCUGGGCAGCGAGCGGCAAGCCCUGGAGCAUGUGGCCCGCUGUCCAGAGCAGGAGCUGCUACGUUCUGGACUGCUGGAGGAUGGCGAGCGGGACCACCGGCGUAAGCACUUCUGCGGCAUUUGUGGCAAGGGAUUUUUCCAGCGUUGCCACUUGCGUGAGCACUACACCGUCCACACCAAGGAGAAGCAGUUUGCCUGCCAGACCUGCGGGAAACAGUUCCUGCGUGAGCGGCAGCUGCGGCUGCACAACGACAUGCACAAGGGCAUGGCCCGCUACGUCUGCCCCGUCUGUGACCAGGGCACCUUCCUGAAGCACGACCAUGUGCGGCACAUGAUCUCCCACCUGUCGGCCGGGGAGACCAUCUGCCAGGUGUGCUUCCAGAUCUUUCCGGGCAGUGAGCACCUGGAGCAGCACAUGGACGUGCACCUGUACAUCUGCGGCGUGUGCGGGGAGAAGUUCCGCCUCCGCAAGGACAUGAGGAGCCACUACAACUCCAAACACACCAAGAGGUUAUAAGGGGUAGUGGCGAGACGUAAACGUCUGUCUGGUACACAAGCCAUAAAUGCGAGAGCGACAGAAGUCGCCUCAGCACAGUUUCAGUUAAAUUCGUCACAUUGGUGUGUGACCUUCUGUAAACAAAGCUAGCAACAGUAACCAGGGCACCUGAUAUACAGGUGUGUGCAAGAUCGAAUGCAGUAAUGUUGCAUACACAUUGUAUGAUGUAUUCUUUUUCUGUUUGUCCAACUCCCUGUCGUCCGUAUACAUUUCACUUGUAUGAGACAUUCAUGAAGGCUCAUGCGUUACUUCACACGCACUUGACAUAUAUAUUCAUAUAUAGAAGCUUGGCUUUUCCAUCUAGCUCCAUGUUGUGUUAGAGCUAUCCUUGUAGAAUAGGCAGAAUUUUCCAGAAGACGCCUUUCCAGGUGUAUCAGCGAGCCCUGUUUUUAUUUAUUUAUUUAUUCUUGGGGUUGGCGGGAAUCUGGAAUCUGUUCGCUCCCUCGUUGGGACAUCAAGUGAGAUUCUGUCAGAUUCUCCAGCGACCCGUGAAACCCACCCCCCUCCCCCUACUGAACGAUCCCAACUGGAGUAUAUAGGGCAAUGUUCUGACCUGCGUGAAUGCUGAACAGUGCGGUCUGGAGCCAUCAGCCAAGCAGGAAGCAUAGUAGAAAGAUGGAUUCAGAUGCAAAGGGUUAAAAUUGUAUGUGAAUGAAAUGCAGCUACAACAUGAUAAAACACUAGAGUCAGUGUGUUCGGCAGUCAGCUCGACUUGUUCCAGCUGCAAGACAUUUCUUCCAGCUUCAUCCGGUGACUGUAUGGUGCUGCAGGUCUAUUCCUUUCAUCUUGCUCAGUAUUUCUGUUUACAGUUUUUGCUUGGAAUUGUGGUUUGUGUUCUGUCAUGGCUGGACUGUCACUAGUCUCGCCGGCUCUGUCUGCGAUCAGACACCCAAUCCUCCAAUACCUGUUCCUCUUCCUUCUCAGAUAUCUUCUGGGUCUUCAGGCCAAAUAAAUUGGCCCCUUGCCUUUAAAAUGUCUGAAAUUUCUUAGGACUGGAGUUGUCCCGCAGGCUUUUCCUUUUCAGUUUUCACCCUUGGCGGCACAUUGUGAAAUAUGGUCCCAAGUUUCCAGAUCCUGAUUUUCAAAAUAUCUGAAGACCUGAAUCUCUGACUUGCUCCUGCUUUUUCCUUACGAAGCACAGCGGUUAGUUUCCACAUCAUGCAAACAGGUGUAAAAUAAUGUCUUUACACCUCUGUAUAAAAACCUUUAUGGUUAAGUGUAACCUAUUAAUCAUUUCAAUUCAUGAACAGAAUAUGUGGUUGGAUUCAUAUUGGAUAUAUUGUUAUGAGUUGAUGAUGCUGGGGAUAACAGCAAGUGUUUUUAUGUUUGCCUGUUUCAGAAAAGCAGAAUUGGCUUUCCUCUUAAGAACGUGCAUCUGGUCAUAUCUUAUUGUCUCCCGUUACGCGACUUUCCUGUAUCAGAAACAGGAGCACUUUUCUGCUGAGGGCUAAAUCGUUUUUUAAGGUGCUGAAUUUGCAUUUACUGUUUACAAAAUACAGUGACCUCUUCAGUGAAACUAUGUAUUUUUUAAUGUGUGUGCGCGCGUGCGUGCGUGUGUGUGUGUGUGCAAAGGAAUCUUGUGCUUCAUUUUAAAAUGUUACUUAAGUUGCUGCGCCUUGAAGUGGCGCUGGUCCACUUUCAGUGUUGCACCCAUGUUCAGCAGAGGAAAAAUGUAUGCGUCGUACGUGUUGUGAAACCGGCUCACUCUGAUUGGCUGGCUUCACACCUGCCCCUCAGAAAAUGCAAGUACCUGAUUUUUUUUCCUGCCCCAUGUUGUUUUACUCCUGGCAUGAGGGUUAGGGUUAGUACUGCCGCUUCAGGGAGUGAUAGCACUCUUCCGAGCAGAGAACAGGUUACAGCCGUGCCACGUGGACCCCAAGGAAUGCUCGAACCCCUGGCAGCGCCACACCUAGGCAUGCCCUCCAAUGAUCAGCUCUUAUCGAACAGGCAUGAUGCAAUGAGACUGACGAACACUCACGGAGCAGUGGGUCGGCUAACAGGUUUAGCACAAUAAUUGUGCCUUCAUUUUUUUGGCCUUCUACGUAGAUCUUUAGAAAGAUUGCUGCAAGGAAAGCGGUCGGAUCAAUCCAGCUGCUUUUUGCAAGCACAGAGCGGGUUUUCCAGUAUGAAAACAAGAGAAGUGCAAAUAUAUGUUUUCUACUAUUAAACAAUGGAAGCUAACAGACUGUACACUUUUCCUUGCUUAUUGCAAACAUUUAUUCUCUUUGUUCACCGGUAGGGGGCAGUAAUGCAGUGGUUAUCUAUUAGUCGUACUGUUACUGCUAGUAAUAUGCUGUUUUCAGAAGGGGUCCCAGCCGUUGUGACAAUUAGCCUCUAAUGUAGAGAAGCUCUAUAUUUGCAAGGACAUACAUUUUUUGUUUAAAUUGUGUUUUUUAAAUUUCUGCAAUAAAUGUUCUAGUUAAAAAACAAACAAACAGUUUUUUUAAUAAGUCUGCCAAUCUUAUAUAAGUCUGUCCGUUUUUGUUGUCGCCGAGUGUGUGAGGCUGGGUCACAUGGGUUGAUCAACAUCCUAGGAUUAAGUCAGGACAGAAAGACGACAUGUAAGAAGUGAACUGCAGGUCUGGGCUGCCUCGUCUGUACCAGGCAUCCAGCAUUCCCCCACCUGACUUGGAAUUAUUCCCAAAGCCAGCAAUCUUGCACUGUCGCGUUUGCGGCACAGAAUGAUUUAUCACCCCAAUUCCUGUCAGUUUAGGAAGAACACAGACUCGCGGUGUGUUUGAAAAUGACUUUAUUGAUAUAACUUGUAACACAUUUCAAUCAUCGCAGUGCUUGAAGCACACCAUUUGGCCAGUGUGCUGUGAAUCCGGCUGGUGUGUGCAGUGUCACUUCUUACACUGGCCCUUGGUGCCGCAUCCCUUGCCAUCGGGACCAUGACUCUGGUCUUUGUCAUGGCAAUGUUCGUGUUCCUUCCCGUGUCCAUGUUCGUGUUCCUUCCCGUGUCCGUGUCCCUUCCCGUGUCC